AAAGGCUAUCUUUCUUAACCAAAUUGUUUACACAACAACAACAUCAGAAAAAGAAUAGUGAUCGAAGCUCAUGGCGUCUCUUGCAACUGUCGCCGCCGUGAAACCAUCAGCCGUCGUAAAGGGUCUCGGCGGCAGCUCACUCGCUGGAGCUAAGCUCUCCGUCAAGCCUUCCCGCCUGAGUUUCAAACCCAAAUCCAUCCGGGCUAAUGGUGUGGUGGCUAAGUAUGGAGACAAAAGUGUCUACUUUGACUUGGAAGAUUUGGGUAACACAACAGGUCAAUGGGACGUAUACGGCUCUGAUGCUCCUUCUCCUUACAACCCUCUUCAGAGCAAGUUCUUUGAAACUUUCGCUGCUCCAUUCACAAAGAGAGGAUUGCUCCUCAAGUUCUUGAUCCUUGGAGGAGGCUCUUUGCUUACUUACGUCAGCGCUAACUCCACCGGAGAUGUUCUUCCCAUCAAGAGAGGUCCUCAGGAGAAGCCUAAGCUCGGUCCUCGUGGCAAACUCUAAUUUACUUUCAUGUUUAUGUUCUCUUCCUCCUCCUAAAAACUCAUAACAUUUCUCAAUACUGCGAACCCUUUAAAUGAUUUUAUGUAUAUUCUGUUUUCUCUCUUA